GGUUAAUAAGGGUCGAGGACGAGGGAGAUUCUUCUAUUGGUUUACUGAGUAAAUAUUGAAUUCAAUUUGGGAAGGGAACUCGGAAUCUUUAAACCCCUAAAACCUCUGGCCGGCCUCGCGCCGGUGAUUGGGAGUCCAAAAUGCAGUGCAUCGUAGCUCUAAGCAAGCUAUCAAAGAGGGUUUCAUUGAAGCAGUUUGGCUCUCAGGUUCUUGGUCCUCGUUCGUACUGCACUGCAAAUGCUGUUGAUAUUGGGCAGCCAACCCAUGCAUCUCAUCCACAGUUACUGAAAGAUGGAGAGAUCACACCUGGCAUAACUACAGAGGAAUACAUCCUGAGGAGGAAAAAGUUGUUGCAACUUCUCCCUGAGAAGAGUUUGGCCAUCAUUUCAGCUGCCCCUGUGAAGAUGAUGACAGAUGUUGUGCCUUAUACAUUUCGGCAAGAUGCUGACUAUUUAUAUAUCACAGGCUGCCAACAACCUGGUGGUGUGGCAGUUUUGGGUCAUGACUGUGGUCUAUGCAUGUUCAUGCCUGAAGCUAAGCCUCAUGAUGUUAUUUGGCAAGGGCAAAUAGCUGGAGUUGAUGCAGCAUUAGAUACAUUCAAAGCUGACAGGGCAUAUCCUAUGAGAAAAUUGCAUGAGAUUCUUCCAGAUAUGUUAAGGGGAUCCUCAAAAUUGUUUCACAAUGUUCAGACUGCGAUUCCAUCAUACACGAAUCUGGAAGCCUUCCAAAAGUUAUUAUUUUCUAACAAUGUAAAGGAUCUAUCUAUUUAUACCCAUCAACUAAGGUGGAUAAAGUCACCUGCAGAGAUCAAGUUAAUGAAGGAAUCUGCAUCAAUUGCAUGCCAGGCUCUUCUGUUGACAAUGUUGCACUCGAAGAUGUACCCUUUUGAAGGUAUGCUGGCUGCAAAGGUUGAAUACGAAUGCAAAACGAGAGGUGCUCAGCGAAUGGCGUUCAAUCCUGUGGUUGGUGGUGGGCCUAAUGGAAGUGUUAUACAUUAUUCUAGGAAUGAUCAAAAGAUUGAAGAUGGAGAUCUUGUUUUGAUGGAUGUUGGUUGUGAGUUGCAUGGGUAUACCAGUGAUCUUACCCGUACUUGGCCACCUUGUGGUAGCUUUUCUUCUGCCAAGGAAGAGCUUUAUCAGCUUAUAUUGGAAACAAACAAGCACUGUGUGGAACUUUGUAAACCUGGUGCUAGCAUUCGGCAAAUACAUGAUCAUUCGGUUGAAAUGCUCCAGAAAGGAUUGAAGCAGAUUGGAAUUUUGAGAAGUGCCCAAAGCAGUGCCUACCAUAUACUGAACCCUACUUCUAUAGGUCACUACUUAGGAAUGGAUAUUCAUGAUUGUUCAAGGAUCAGCUAUGACUGUCCUCUGAAGCCAGGUGUUGUCAUAACAAUUGAACCAGGAGUAUAUAUGCCAUCUCAUUUUGAUGGUCCAGAGAGGUAUCGAGGCAUUGGGAUAAGAAUUGAGGAUGAGGUUCUCAUCACGGAAACAGGUUAUGAGGUCCUUACAGCAUCAAUUCCUAAGGAAAUCAAUCACAUCGAAUCCCUGGUAAAUAAUUGCCGUAGAAUGGGGAAUGGAUAGCCACAGAAAGAUUGGAUCUACACCGAGUUAAAUAAGUAUGUUACAAUUACAAAGAACCAGGGCGGCGAAUCCUUGAAGAAAGGGAAACUUUCUAGCUGGGCGCGGGAACAAACUACUCCGUAACCAUCCAUGUUUGGUAAUUGGAGGCUCGGCAAGUUCACUGCUCUUUUGUACCGGGGAACUUGGAGGUCCACUUUUGUUUUUGUUUUUGUUUUUUUUUUGAGAUUAUUGCGUUGAUUAUGACUCCUUACUUAGCGGGUCAUAGCCCCCUGCCGCCCCCCCCCCCCAAAAAAAAGCGGUGGGUCUUGUUUUGAGCAAGAUCCUUGCCCACGUAUUUUGUCGUUGUAAGGGAUUGUUAGCCAAAAAUAUGUAAUCUGAACCCUGCACAAGAAAAGUCAGCAGCGACACCUGUUUGAGCGAGAAUGCGAGAGUCCCUGGUUUUUUACUUGGCCAUCGAGAAUCCCUUGUUAUGACAGAUAUUGGACACGGAUGCAAUAUUAUCCUUUGAUUAUAAAGGCGCCUCUCGUAAAAUUUCGCUUUUCCUUGUAAUAUCGCUGGAAUAAUCUUUUUACCUCGCAACUGUAUAAGCAUAAUGAUGCCUAUCUCGCUCUUGUUUU